GCUUUGUCCUUUGCAGAUCUUUGAACCCCAACUGAGUCAUCACCAACUUGGUUCGAGAUGCCACCGGCCAUCGGAGGCCCCGUGGGAUACACUCCUCCUGAAGGAGGAUGGGGAUGGGCCGUGGUCAUCGGAGCCUUCAUCUCCAUUGGGUUUUCCUAUGCUUUCCCCAAAUCCAUCACUGUGUUCUUCAAAGAGAUUGAGGUAAUCUUCAACGCAUCCAGCAGCAAAGUCUCAUGGAUCUCCUCCAUCAUGCUGGCUGUUAUGUACGCAGGAGGUCCCAUCAGCAGCAUCCUGGUGAACAAAUACGGCAGCCGGCCCAUCAUGAUCCUCUCCGGCUGUGGGCUGAUCGCAGCCUCUUUCUGCAACACGGUGGAGGAGCUCUACUUCUGCGUUGGGGUGGUAGGGGGCCUUGGACUCGCGUUUAACUUGAACCCAGCCUUAACCAUGAUCGGCAAGUACUUCUUCAAGAAGCGUCCCCUGGCCAAUGGGCUGGCGAUGGCGGGCAGCCCCGUGUUCCUCUCCACCCUGGCUCCCGUGAACCAGCUCUUCUUCGGCAUAUUCGGCUGGCGCGGCAGCUUCCUCAUCCUCGGCGGUCUCUUGCUGAACUGCUGCGUCGCCGGAUCCCUGAUGCGGCCCAUAGGCCCCAAGCCGGAUCAGCUGAAGAAAGAGGCCACUAAGGAGGUGCUGCAGGAAGCUGGGAAGGCGGUGAAAAAGGACGACGGUGACACCAGCACAGACCUCAUCGGUGGGAAGACCAAGAAACAGAAGACCACGUUUUUCCAGACGAUCAACAAGUUCUUGGACCUGUCGCUGUUCACGCACAGGGGCUUCCUGCUCUAUCUGUCGGGCAACGUGAUCAUGUUCUUCGGGCUGUUCACUCCCUUGGUCUUUCUCAGCAAUUAUGCGAAGAGCAAGAAGAUUGCUAACGAGUCUGCAGCCUUCCUGCUCUCCAUCCUGGCCUUCGUAGACAUGGUGGCCCGACCUUCUAUGGGACUGGUGGCAAACACCAAGUGGAUCAGACCGAGAGUCCAGUAUUUCUUCGCCGUCUCUGUGAUUUACAACGGGGUGUGCCACCUCUUGGCCCCCAUGUCCACCACCUAUGCCGGCUUCUGCAUUUAUGCCGGCUUCUUUGGCUUUGCCUUCGGCUGGCUGAGCUCGGUCCUGUUUGAGACCCUGAUGGACCUGGUGGGAGCGCACCGGUUCUCCAGCGCCGUCGGACUGGUGACCAUCGUGGAGUGCUGCCCUGUGCUUCUGGGACCCCCUCUGCUAGGGAAGCUCAACGACAUGUACGGUGACUACAAGUACACGUACUGGGCCUGUGGGAUCAUCCUCAUCGUCUCUGGGAUCUACCUCUUCAUCGGGAUGGGCAUCAACUACCGCCUGGUGGCAAAGGAACAGAAGGCGGAGGAGAAGGUGAGAAAGGAAGGGAAGGAGGAGGAGACCAACAUCGACGAGGCCGAGAAGCAGAAAGAGGCAAACAACGAUGUGGCCCCCUCGCCUCAGAAGAGCGCGGAGGACGGUGUCAAAGAGGAGGAGAGCCACAUGUGAGGGACCGGUCUCAAUCCCGGAGUGUCGGGGAAGCGCCGCUGCCCUGGCGCGGCGGCCGGUGCAGUGCUCAGCUGGCGCUGGGCGGCCGUGAGAAGUGUUUAAACCAGGUGUUCAUUUUUAACCAGGCUCUGAAUUGUCUUUCCAUCUGUGUUCAACAAAGGUAACAGGGCUACACACGCAGUAUCCUCGUGUGUUGGGGG